AUGGACAAGCAAAGAUUAUGCAGAGGAGAUGAACCGGUGGUGGAGAAGUUCGCUCUGAGGUUCAAGGAUGCAGAGACGGCUCAGCAGUUCAAGGAAGCCUUUGAUUCCGCCAAGGCCCAAAACGCGAAGGCGGUCGAAGUGGAAGGCAUCUCAGAGACGAAGGCUUCAUCCGGAGCUGUCGCCAGCGAGAAGUCUGCAUCAAGCGGUGGCAUCUUUGGUGGCUCGCCGGCAAGCUCAGGUGGCCUGUUUACUUCUUUGGCCACUGGCGGCGGUGGCCUCUUCGGCGGCGCGAGCAGCGGCUCGCUGUUUGGCGGUGCUUCGAGUUUUGGAGGGUUGUUUGGUAGCACCGGCGGCGGCCUCUUCAGUGGGCAAUCAUCCGGAGGCCUCUUCAGCAGCAUGUCCUUCGAGCCCAAGGUGGAGGUGCAGGCGGGCAACAAACCACCGGAGCCCUUUUCCGGCCUGCCCGGGUCUCAGACUGUCAAGUGGAUGGAGUUGUCAGAGAUGUCAGCGCAAGGUUGGGAGGUGCCACAGGCGGCCUGUUUGGCAACAGCUCUGCCUCCGGGGGCUUCGUCGAAGUCGAGGAGAGUUGUGACGAGGCGCCGACUCCCUUGGCCUGGCCCAGAGCCGGAAGAUGAGUGGGUGGAGGCCGCAGCCUCGUCCGGGGCGGGCUUUGCGGCCCUGGCCCAGCAGCAGGCAGAAGCUGCUGGGUGGCGCUGCCCUGGCUGCCGCUUGCAGUGGGGUGAGAAGGUGAUCGAGUGCAGCGUGUGCGAAAUUGCCCGCCCCGGCUUUGAGCAAGAGGCUGCAGCGGCCAAAGCUGAGAAGGGUAACGCCACGCAGGGCGCAAUGGCGGCAUUCCUCGGUGCAGGCGCUCCGCAGAGCGCAGCCCAGCCUUCCACAGCCCCGGCGGCAUCCGUCAGCUUCGGGUUCGGUGCUGCUCCCUCCACCUCGGCACCGGCCACAACCUCCGGGUCCAUCUUCGGCGCAGGCGCGGCACCAUCCGGCUCGAUCUUUGGAGGAGGCGGCCCUGAGCCAAGUGGGGCCGCAAGCAGCCCUGCUCCAACCCAGGCCAAGUCAAUGCCUGUUCCACCACCGCCUCCUGCUGUGACACCUGACGCGGCAUGGGGGAAUGGCCAAGCGCAUGCAGGCAUGUACGGAUAUCCCGGGCAGCAGUAUGCCAUGCCGCACAUGCACGCCUGGCCCAUGGUCGGCAUGCCUGGCAUGCCGGGCAUGUAUGGCAGCCCCGACUCCGGAAAGGUUGAGGCGCUGGAGCGGUCCGUCAAGGAGCUCCACGACAAGAUGAAGGAGAUGCGCGAUGCCCUGGAUACAGAGCGGCAGGGGCGUGCAAAGGUGGACGUGCUCGUGCAGGUGCUGGAGAAGCGACUACAGGACGAGGAGAGGCCCGGUGCAGCCGAGCAGAGGCUCGGGUUGCAUCAGUGGAAGCACAGGCGAGACAGAUGGAGUUAUCGCUGGAAGGUUUGCGCCGCUCAGAGCGGUCGCUGCCGGACGAGAGCAGGCUCCUGGGCAGUCUGCAAAGGAGCAUGGAAGACCUGCUGGCUCCUCUCCGGCACGGGUUGGAGCAGAAAGCCAGCGAUGACAAUGUGCGGCUCCUCGCAAAGGCUUUGGAGCAUGGCCGGGACGCAGAAUCAAGCCAUUCCACUAGUCGGCGCCUGGAGGCGCUGGAAUCCAGACUCGACAGACUGA